GCGUGGUGCUGGUCGAGUGGUCAUCGUUACCUACGGAAUUCUAACACAUCCACAGAGAGGAUGACAACAUUUGAAAGAUAUGGACAUCUCGUGGCCUCAAUAGACCAAGGCUCCAGCAGCACACGUUUUUCGGUGUUUUCCAGUAAGACGGGAGAGAUGCUUGCCUACCACCAGGAAGAAUCGGUGAUCCUCACACCUCACGAAAGAUGGUCAGAAAUGGAUGCCGCAUGGCUUAUAGAUUCGACUUGUGACUGUAUGGAGAGAACUGCGAACAAGCUUGACGAUAUGGGCAUACACAUCAAAGAUAUCAAAUGUAUUGGUAUAACUAAUCAGAUGUUGACUUUGAUUUUAUGGGAUAAAGUCACUGGAAAAUCGCUGUGUAAUGCUAUAGGUUACACAGAUUCUAGAGCCCAUGCUCGAUACCAGGAACUAGAAAGAAAUAUGUCUAAGGAAGACCGUGUGAAAUAUCAACACCUAAACGGAAACGAAAGGGAAGGGACAGACCAACCGCAGCACCGUCGUUCGGAUGAGACGUUAAAGCGCGUCCACGUGUACAGAGUUACCCAAGCUUUGACAGGGUCUACAGAGCUGAAAAACCUAUAUGAAGGUGAAGGAGCAGACGAACUGCAGCACCGUUGUUCAGAUGACACGCUAAACCGUGUCCACGUGUGCAGCACCGUUGUUCGAAUGAGACGCUGUGACACUGUCGCUCAGUGCUUCGGGAUAGGAAAAAGCACAGUCAUCAAAGUUCUCAAGAGUGGUAUUGCGAUGCAGAAAUUGGGUGUACUAUCUGAGGACAUGGCUGACAUCAUUCAAGAAGCAACACCAUUCAUGGCUUCAUGCUACGGGACACUGACUGGAGGACCUAACGGCGGAAGUUACGUUACCGACGUCACUAAUGCUUGCCAUACAGGAUUAAUGAAUCUUAAUACCCUCUGCUGGGAUGUCGAUAUAUGCAGAACAUUUAACGUUCCUACAUCAAUUCUGCCCGACAUUCACAGUACAUCGGAGGUAUAUGGCUACGUGAACGAAGGGUCGUUUAAAGGAAUUCCAUUGUCUGGGAUGGCAGGUGACCAGCCGGCAGCCACAAUCGGUCAGCUUUGUUUCAAACCAGGGGAGUCAAAAUGCACAUAUGGUACGGUCGCUUCACUCAAUAUAAAUACCGGAACAAAGUUAGUGAUAUCUAGCCACGGGUUGCUGACUAGUCCUUUGUACCAGCUUGGGAAAGGGAACCCGGCCGUCUAUAUGCUAGAGGGUGUGGUUGCAUCAUGUGGAAGUGUGAUUAAAUGGAUCAGGGACAAUCUAGGAAUGAUUUCCAAAGCAUCUGAAAUCGAGGAACUAGCAGGGUCGGUAGAGGACUCUGAUGACUGUUACUUUGUACCGGCUCUGGAGGGGUUCUUCUGUCCCUACUGGACUGAUGAUGCUAGAGGGGUUAUUUGUGGAUUGAAUACUAAUACAACCAAGGCACAUAUAUGUCGUGCAGCAUUGGAAUCAAUAUGUUUCCAGGUCAGGAAGUUAUUAGAAAUUGCCGCCGAGGAAAGCGGAUUUCCCAUUCCCUCCCUCAAGGCAGACGGCGGGAUGGUUGUGAACACAUUGUUUAUGCAGAUGCAGGCUGACAUCCUGGAGGGAAAUGUCGUGCGACCAUUCAUGAAAGAAACAACGUCUUUCGGGGCUGCGUUAAUGGCGGGUUCAGCUGCCGGCAUAGAUAUCUUCAGGAUAAACGAAGAUCAUUUAGGACUAGAAGAAGAAUUCCCAAAAAGAAAUGAUGUAUUUGAAAAGUCUUGUUCAGCUGAAGCUCUUCGAAAAAGACUAAAGCGAUGGGAGAAGGCGGUUAAGAAAUCAUUUGAUUGGAUGACGGAGUGAUUAAAUACCAGAUCGUUGAAAUUUGUUAAGAAUAUCCUGAAACACCGAUGUAAAUAGUUGUAUUUAGGUGGCAGAUAUGUAUUUUUCAGUUUGAUUUCGAAAUUAUUGUAGAACAAAUUGAUUUUGCAAUAACAUCUACAUUUUUCAUAACCUUUUUUCUCUUUGGAAUUGAUAUUGCAUCGUCUAAGGUGGGGUUCAAGCUAAUGUUAAAAUUCCCAUAGAAACCACCCACACCCAGAUUUCUUUCAAACUUCACAUGUUUGUAGUACUAUCAAAGGCAAUACUAAAAACACACUUGAUUUUUGAUUUUUUACAUUAGAAAGGCCCAAAGGGCCCGCAAAAUCAGAAAAGUGACGACAUGUAAAAACAUGCACCCACAUCAUGUUUUCAUGCAAUCCGUUUCAUCGAUUCUUGUUUUUUUUUCUCUUCUUGAAACAUAAUUCAUAAUUCAUAUAUGAAAUCUGUACUGUUUUCUUGAUGCAAGGAAUGUUUAAGAGGCGGAAAUAAUGAUGUUUUGCAGUUUUGAAAACCACGAUGUCGCCAAAAAUGUCAAAAUUUGCCAUGUUAAAAAUUUUGUUCACUAUUAUAAUUUAAAUAAAAAUUAGCUGAAAUAUGUGUUUCUCCACCAGGUAAAAUUUGAAAAGAAUCGAAAACCAGGAAAAUGGUUUUUGAGCUACUUCAAUGCAGCUUGUGUAAAAUUUUGGAUUUGAGGAAAGUGUCUCUAGUUGUCAAAAAAAGGGAUAAUUCACAGCAUAAUUACAUAACUAUUUGAUCAUUUUUAGGUGUAUGCUGUGUUUUUUAGAUAACAUUACAAUUUUACAACAAAGAAAUACGUAUUAUUUUCAAAUAUGUUUCUUAUAUCGCUAUUUUUUGGUUUUUAUUUUCUAUUAUUUUUGAAAUAGUUGUUUUGUUUUCUUCUGCAUUGACCUGAACAACAAAAUUACUCUGAUUGCAAAUAUUGGUAGAGAAAAGAAGACCAUUGCAUAUCAAGAAAUGCAGCAUAACAAUGUAUUUAUAUACGCUCUCCAUAUGACAAUGUCUGUUUACAUUGUACAUGUGUUGUCAAUGGUGAUCUUGAAUAGGAACUGUAAUUAUGAUAUUAUAGUGUUAUAUAUAUUGUAAUAGAAUUGUCUCAAUAUAUGGUAGUAAUACAUACAAUACAUUUGUGUAAAACCUACUGAUUUAUCUUCUUGGGCCUUCAUGUAUUAAUCAAAUGAGUAAAUAAAGGUCACAAAGGACA